GGCCCAAUAACGCUCUCAGCAAUCAGCCCCAGCGCCGCCACUCGCUCCUUUCCUCCACCACCCUCGCCGGCCGCCGCCUCCUACCUCACCGACCGCCGCAGCGCGCAAUAUUUCUGCCUUCCUGAUACGCCACUCCAGACCCUCGGGAGAGAGGAGGCGGCUCCAAGGAAGAUGGGGUGGAAGGCUGCGGAGAAGCUCAUCAGGCACUGGAAGAUCCUCCGCGGUGACAACGUGAUGGUCAUCAGAGGCAAGGACAAGGGGGAGACUGGGCUCAUCAAGCGGGUCAUUCGGUCGCAGAAUCGCGUCAUCGUCGAGGGCAACAACUUGGUUAAGAAACACAUUAAGCAAGGCGAAGGGCACGCAGGUGGUAUUUUCUCCAUCGAAGCUCCACUUCAUGUUUCGAAUGUCCAAGUAGUUGAUCCUGUCACUGGGAAACCAUGUAAGGUUGGAUACAAGUAUUUGGAAGAUGGGACCAAAGUCAGGUUCGCUAGAGGGAUGAAUGCAUCUGGCGCUGUGAUCCCCCGGCCAGAAAUUCUGAAGGAGAGAAGAAAACCGAGGCCUACAUUACCUGGCCCAAAGGAUACACCAAUUGAGCUCGUGCUGGAGAAGACAUACGAUGAGAAAGCUGGAAUUGGUAUGCCUGAUCUAUAGCUGCUGCCUGCUGGCCUGACACGUUGUUUGUGCUGAGAGUUCAGUAUAUGCGACCAGGUCCUAUUUAAGUUAGGGUGCCGAUGAUUGCAGUUGUAAUGUGCUACCCUCAUAAUAAUCACGUACUAAUGAUCAAAAGAGACAUUGCUGGCAUGUAUGUUGCCUUUUUUUUUUGUCCGAGUGUUUGGUUGUGAAAUGCAUUAUUGGAUGAGAAACGGCAACAUCUGUACCUUCUUACUGAGAUAUAUCCAGUUAUGAAAAGAGAUGGAAACUGAACUGGCUCCCGGGUUGGAGAA